AUGUCUCACAAUCCGUCAACUACACCUCCUGCUCUAUACGUACUUUCAUCUCAAGAACAACAAUUUGUGUCUCGUUACUUGGAACCUAGAUUCGAAACGUUCAAUACUAAUGUGAAUAAUGUCAUAAACACUCGGAACGACACUGCUUCGGCGGCUAUAGAAGCUCUUCUUCAAACUUCGGUUAUUCAAGCCAAGGCUGAAGUUUUAACAACUCUCCGAAAUGAAUGGGUUCAGGCAAAAAAUGAAAUUUUAACUACUCUUCGAAAUGAAUGGAAGGAUAAGUUAUCCUUGGAUACUAUUGAAGCCAAGAUCAACAGUUGUUUGGAUGAUGGACAAUCCAUGCAUCGUGCAAUUUCAUCUCAACCUGCAGUUCAAAUUCCUAGAGAUCCAAACGCUAUGGAUGUCGACAUCAAUUCUGCCGAUUCUAGACGCCUUUUUCCUCCUUUACCAAAUGGGUUAACUUUUGGUUCUUUUGUCAAGUUUUGUCACGCGCGUUCAAUGUGUCAUCGAUGUCUCAAGCCGUACGAUUCGACUCAUAAAGGACCGGAUGGAAAAGGUAUUCCCUGUCCGAAUCCUCCGCCUAAGACCACUCAAGAGAUCGAAGUGUUUAUGCAGCAGAACCAAACGAAAGCUCAAUCAUCGGUGGCAGCAGUUUCUUCGUCUCCUCAUAGAGUUUCGCAACCCCGUCCUGCUAGGCAGUUGCAUCAACAACCUUACCAUUUCAAUUGCCUCCAAAUUUUAAUCAAGUCCCCAUGA